CAGUGCUCGGCCGCUGCUGCGCACUCAAUCGUCACCCGUGCGGAGUUAAGUGCUUUCCGGCAGUAUAGUUCUUUGACGAACUACAUUCAUUCCUGACCUGAGGUGCUACACUUUAUAUCAUCCACCACCUCAGGUGACUAGUCGACUGACAAGUCGUUACAAUACAGCUAAGGGAACCCGCUAAUACAGUCGUCUUCGAAGCUAGCGACGAUGGGCUUCAUCACCCCUACCAAAAUGUUCCGCCGCCUUGUGCGUGCUUUAAAGCCCAAGCACAGGUGCAGCUCCCGCACCGCGCCCGGGACCACCGCACCCAUUGCAAAGAUCAUGCCGCCUCCCGAACUGCCGCUCGAAGUGUACGAAGUCAUCAUCGAUUUCACCUGGCCCGACCGCGAAACGCUCCUCGCCUGCGCGCUGACUUGCCGCGCGUGGCACGAGCGCAGCCGGUACAACCUCUUCUACCGCGUCGAGCUCUACAACCUCGACCAGCUCUCGCUGUACACCGCGAAGCUCGCGGCGGACCCGGGCCUGGGCCAGACGCUCAAGGAGCUCUACGUCACGCCGUACUACUCGCAGUCCCAGCUCUUCGGGUCGUUCCCGUUCGAGCUCGCGGGGAAGCUCUCGAAUGUGCAGCGGCUUAGGAUCGAUAUUCGACGAGACUUUUAUCCGUAUAUCCACCCGGAUUUCUACCCAAUGUUCGCGAGCUUCGGGAGCGUCACGACCCUCGAGCUCCGCCGCAUCCAGUUCCCGACGCUGAACGACUUUUCCAUGCUGGUGUGCUCGUUGCGGAGGCUGACCAGCCUCUCGUGUUGGAUGGUCGACUGGGUGAAGAAGACGUACGACGUCGAGGCGCUCCGGGAUUGCAAGCAGUGUCUCAAGUUAACAUCGCUCUCCGUGCGCGACAUGGAGUGGUCAGCUGCCUUCGCGGAUUGGCUUUUCGUGGCGGCCACUGUGCAAGAUCUGCAGACUAUCUGCGUGUCGCCUGUCGCCAUCGGAGACGUCGAACACGUGGAGCGCUUGCUGACGGCUGCAGGCCCUUCGUUGCAACGCCUGGAGAUUGGGAUAGCUCCACGCCGUGCGACGAGGUCAAGAAACAAAACUGUGUCCGAGUGGGAGGGCGACGUCGGAGCGUAUCCCCGUCUAAUCUACAAUACUUCACUCAGCUCGCUAUGCCUCCACCUAGACGCAAAGAGCGACUGGGUUCCCGGACUACUCACCCAGACCAACUCCCCAGCCAUUCGCGACAUCACCAUCCGACUACCGCAGCUUCGCAAGCCCACCAAAGUAAAACACAUCCGAUUUGACGCGCUGGACAGCAUACUAUCUCAGCCGCAGUUCGACGGCGUCCGACAGCUGGUCGUCGAGUGCGACGCCGGCGUCACGGUCGACACCCCAACCCGGAUGGACGCGUACAAGGCGGAGGUGGCAACCAGGCUUCCGCUCUCGUCCGCCCGUCGGAUAGUCUCCGUCCGACAACGCAAAGUGUCUGUGCCGAUACGGAGACCAGUCGCGCCGAAGUCCUCGUCCGAAAUGAAGCCGCAACUCUGGGACCCGUACUAAACUGCAGAGGAGCCGUUUGAGCGUUGAGGACAUUUGGGACACUAGGAUCCAUGGACCUUCUAAGCGACUGGACUUCGGACUACACAUUUGUUUGUGCAAUCAUUGGACUAUAGGACGCUCCCUGGCGCCGCUGCAUGUAACGAUUAGACCGUCAAUGAUCAUGGCAGAGUCUUCGGAGUUGGCUUGCAAUUGCAUUACUGACCGGCCAUCUAUCAUAGCAAUAUACCUGUGUUGUUUUGGUAGCGACCUUGUCUAGUCCGUCAGUACUGUCGGCUGGUAGUGGUUUGCAGACGCAGAGUGUCUUCUGUUUGCUGACCACAAGCAAUGAGCAUCGCGGUGUGUGGGACGCGCGAA